GUUGGUCCGCGCCGCAGUCGCAAACAGAACCGGCCGCCGCGCGGAACGCAGAUAGCUCCGUACGCUAUCGAUCGCUAGAAAUGAAACGUCCCAAUGUUUCAACGAUCCGCGAUAUUUAAUACGUAACCACAGUUAAUUUAUUAGUUAAAUAUAUUAGAAGACUUCCUAGCCAGUGUCGUGUGAUACAUUACAGUUUAAUUCAGAACUGUUAGCACAGAACUGUUAGAAAGUAAUAUUGCAAAAUGAGGGAUAAUAAUGCACGAGAUGGCGCGCACGAGAUCAUGCUGGCCAAGGGCCGCAAGCCGGAGGUGGUGAGCAAGGAAGCCAAGAGCCAGGAGGAGUACGAGGCGUUGCAGAGCUUCCUCCGCAGCAUCAGUUCCACAGCCACACUACCGCCCUAUGUGAAAGGCGAAACAUAUUCCUCCGUCCGGGGUGUGUUCAAUCAGUGUCUCAUAACAUGUGCAGUGCUGAUCCUAGCGGCGGGCGCCGGACACCCCAUCGGGUUUUCAGCUGUCGCGCUCCCACAACUGCGCACUGAGAACACUACUAUGAGGAUUGACGAUGAAAUGGGCUCUUGGAUUGCGAGCAUACACUCGGCAGCUACACCGCUGGGGUCCAUGUUGUCCGGGCCGAUCAUGGAGGCGAUAGGGCGGCGACGAACGCUCCAGGCUUCCACGUUGCCGCUCGUAGUCGGCUGGAUACUGAUAGGCACAGCAUCACACCACGCUCUGUUGCUGCUAGGGAGGAUUGUUUGCGGGUUUGCUGUUGGAAUUCUUGCGGCACCUUCACAAGUGUACUUAGGAGAGAUCUCAGAGCCUCGCUUAAGAGGUUUACUUAUAGGAACACCCUUUGUUGCGUAUUCUUUGGGUGUCCUCUACGUGUAUGCUCUAGGAGGAGCUCUGUCGUGGCGGUCGGUGGCACACUUGUCCAUAUUGCUGCCGACGUUGGCAUUUAUAGCCUUAUGCUUCUCACCAGAGAGUCCAACUUGGCUCGCACGCCGCGGACGCUUCCACGAAGCAAUGGCAGCUAUGUCGAGGUUACGAGGAGAUCCCGAUACCGCUCAACGUGAACUACACGAGCUGAUAUCAGCAAGGGAGAAGGAGAAGGCUCGCGGAGAAGAAACGAUACGAUUCCUGGCGACAGUGCUGCGGCUGCCAGUCCUGAAGCCAUUGCUGCUGAUCAACGCCUUCAACAUGCUGCAGAUUCUGUCGGGAAGCUACGUAGUCAUAUUCUACGCAGUCGAUAUUGUUAAGGAUUCUGGAGGAUCGCUUCCGCCUCAAAUGGCAGCUAACGCAAGCGCGUGCGUUCGUCUCGGCGUAACAGUUCUGGCUUGCCUGCUUCUAUUAAAGAUAACCCGCCGAGCGCUGGUACUGGUGUCUGGCGUAGGCACGGCGGUGUGCACCCUCGCUUUAGCAUUCCUACUCUCCCAAGGCCCAGGAUCAGGCUUCGCCCCACCAACACUGAUCCUCGGCUACGUCGCGUUCAAUACACUAGGCUUUUUCCUUCUCCCGGGCCUAAUGAUUGGAGAACUUCUACCGACUAAAGUCCGCGGCCUCUGCGGAGGUUACAUAUUCUGCCUUUUCAACGCAGUGCUGUUUGGUUUCACGAAACUAUACCCCGUUAUGAAGCAGAGUAUUGGGAUGGCCGGAGUGUUUGGUCUUUUCGGCGCAUCGGCCACCUUGGCUACCGUCGUCUUAUUCCUCUUAUUGCCUGAGACGAAGGGCAAAUCUCUUAUACAAAUAGAGCAGUAUUAUCAAAAACCAAAUAUAUUAUGGGUUACACGUAAGAAAAACGCCGAAUCGCAGAACGUCUGAAAUGUUGGGGAAAGAACUGUGUUAUAAAUGGAUAAUUUAAUUAAUUGAACACAUUGUUAUAUCUGCAGAUGUACGAAGAUAAGUGUUCCAAACUGGGUUUAAACUCUUACCCCUUGAUUGAGGUUUAAAGCUCAAAUUUCUUCAAAGUUCAAUGGACAUAAUCACUACUGUUUGAAGUUUACUUUACCUUGAAGAAAUUUACAAGUUUAUCCUGAUCCAUGUUUAUAAAUAAGGCUACGUUAUAUUGCUACAUUAAAAACUAACAAACUUUUUAUACUUCGUAGUAUACAAUUAUACAAUGAGUAAACUAGUGACAGUCAAAUAUGAAUCGGUAUGCAACUAUUAAUUCUACGGCGAUACAUCAUACGACGCUAUAGCUGGCUAUAGUAUAGCUUGGCAACUUCGUUCGUAACACUCCCGAUGUUCCGCGCGGGCCGGGGGGCAUGUAGCGAUGAAUGAAAACUCCACGACUGAUGCUCGUCACUUCCCCGCACACACGAUUUCACACCCGCGCAGUCUUUCCCCCUGUCGCCCGCAUAUCAUGGGCUUGUCAUCAACGAACUUGCCAGACUAUAAUAUAGUUAUUUAACGUUCCUACGAAUUAUAAUUAUUAUUCUCUCGAAUAUAGCAUUUUAAAAGUAGUUGGAUGUAAUACGAAUAAGUUUUGCUAUGUUCUACUUAAAUGAAAUUAUAUAUUUUUAAAUUCUUAUAUUUUUAAAUCAUUUGCGUUUGUUUACAUUCAUUGUAUACGCAAUUUCGCUGGCUUUACUUUAUUAAAUUAUUUAAAAAAUUAUACUAUAUAGGUGUUGACUUAACUUAUAUAAGUAUUAACUAACUUAUCUUUAAAAAAAUAAUCCAAAUUUGAACUUUAUGUGUAAGCUAAAAUUAUAACAGUGUGCCUAGUGGGAGCUUUCAAUAUUUUCAUACUGUUACUAUCGAAUUAACGUAAACGCGAAUUUAUAUGAAAUUGAAACAGUUUUGCAGAUGCAGCAUGCCACUAGGUGGCGCUGUUUCACUUCCUUAGGAGUUCGCGUUUACAUUAACGCGAUCGUUAAGGCCCUCAGGUUACCCACCCUAGUUACUUGUUACAAUAGCAUCUGUGUUCAAAAAACUAUUAUAAUGUGUAAAUUUACAAAAAAUAAGCGUAGGUACCUUGAGAAAAUUAUCUAAAUUUCUCUAGCUAGGUACCAACUUAUAUAAUCUUGCCUGUAUUCCAAAAAGCAUAAUUUAUAAUAAUAUUUUUGUAACUGCAUUUUAAACUAACGUAUACUAAAGACGAUUUAUUGUAGUUAGAUGUAUAUAGACCGAGAGCAUGUGGCUGAAAAUUAUUCGUCAUUCUGUAAAAGCUGAAAUUUUGUCAGCCUACGCUCCCACCGAUACCACUAUAGGCUUAUACCACCACUAUAGGCUUAUAGGCACUAUAGGUAGGAGCGUAGUCCAACCUAUACCUACCUAUAGGUAUACACGAACGGUCGGCAACUAUGGAUAUUACUUUUGGUUAUCUCUAAUUAGCCCGGUCAAAUUAAACCAAAAAAUAAGAGUAAAGUUACCUAAAUUCCCACCAAGCUGAAAAUCGGUAAGAUUGUUUAAAAUAUCAUAAAAACAAAAUUUGAAAGUUCCCCAUCUUUCCCCUGUAAGGAAAAAAAAAUAUUUAAGGUCAAAGGUCAAAAAAAUAGUUUUUCGCGAUUUUCAGCAAAACGGUAAGUUUUAUCAUAAAAAUACCUUAGACAAAAUUGUAGAUCAUAAAAUUAUCUACAAAAAAAUUAUUGAUACUAUUUUUCUACGAGCCACCGUUUUUGAGAUAUAACGAUUCAAAAAGUUGUAAAAGUUGUAAUCGUCAUAAUAUGCACACGUUUCCACGCCACCUAUGGGGUAGUUACUAAGCGUGUUUUAUUUUUACGUGGUUUCCCCAGUAUGCCUAUUCCAUGGGUCUGUUUGAUCCUGUUUAACUUGAAACUAUUGAAAAAUAAUGGAUAUUAGCAGAGAUUGAAAAGAUAUAUUUUUCAGAUUUCAGAUUUGAGCAGAUUUUAUUUUUAAUGAUAUUUUAAACAAUCUUACCGAUAUUCAGCUUGGUGGGAAUUUAGGUAACUUUACUCUUAUUUUUUGGUUUAAUUUGACCGGGUUAAAUGGUCGGCAACUAUGGAUACUACUAUGGAGAUACCUUUGACUUGUACUCCAGUAAAACCAGAUUGACCUGAUAGUUGUUGACCUCUGUGGCGCAGUUGGUAGUGCUGCGGAUCUCAACAGAGGUCCUGGGUUUGAUUCCUAGCUCCGGUUACUUUAGGAUUUUAUAUUUUCUAAAUUUACUGAGGUCUGGUCUGUCUGGUCUGAAAAGACGUUUCGCUAAGCGAUUAGAUGGCGGCCUCCGUGGCGCAAUGGUGGAUUUACAGAGGUCCUGGGUUCGAACCCCGGCUGUGCUGAUUGAGGUUUUCUUAAUUAAUCCAGGUCUGGUUGGUGGGAGGCUUCGGCCGUGGUUAGUUACGAUCCUACCGGUACUGUACUAUGGAGCAUGGUCUGAGAAGCUUUCAAUUUUAUAUACUGACGUAGGUCCUGCCAACAGGCUCUUAGAUCAAUAGCUUUGUCGUUUAAACAUAAUAUUAACAAAACAAAUUAACUGUAUUAACAAAAGGUGACUUGUUUUAUACCAAAUUAGAUACGAUUAUUAUUUAAUGGUUAAGCUGGAGUCACAGGAUAUGUCAAUCCAUACGAUGGCACAUCAAUUUGUAAUGUGUCAUUACAAACAAUACACGAAACAAAAUAUUAGCAAAUAAGAGUAAAUUCUAUGGUUUCCCCCUUUACAUCAAGAAGGUGGAUGCUUGUGCAUUAAACCAAUUAAAUAAGAUAAGGUAGAAACUCAAUAUAAAAGAUAUCAUAAUUAUGUAUGAUAUGUAAAUAUUCCUGGUGUUUCAGAAUGUUUGUAGGUACGAUUUGGCACAACAUACGAAGCGUAUUAUAUCGGGUGGAUUGGCAUAUUGAAGUCUCCAUGCGUUAAAGUUAUUGUAAAGCUAUGUACACAUGGACAUGCAAAACGUUACUUCAAACGAUCACAACUUAUUGAUUGAUGUAUAUCUGUAGUGUUUCAGAAAGCAUGGGUAUGGUGACAAUUCGUUUCACUCUUGAAAGUUAAUAGUACUUAUUAUGAACGUCAUAAGGCAACUGUCACAGUACCAAUGCUACCUGAAAAACACUAUAAUAUCUAUAUUUUUUAUAGGAUGAAUUUUUGUUACCAUUUCAUGCAAAACCUACUGAACCGAUAUAGCGGAAAUUUAGAAGAGAUAAUGAUAUCCUGGAUUACUAUUUUUUUAUUCCGAAAAAUCAUGGUUCCCGCGGUAUUUAUCAAAAUUACAAACAAACACUUCAGUGUAGGUACUUAAAUUAGAUACCUACCUACUUUGCAACAUGUAUCCUUUCACUAUUCAUUGAAUGAUGGCGUUCAAAACAAAUCCGUGUGUCCAUAGCUUUAUUUAUUAGGCAAUAGUUAUACCAGACAGCAUGUGAUAUAAGAUUUUAUCUGUGAUUUAUACAAUGACCAUGUAGUCCGUAAAACUUCGUUAUAUAGCCAUUAGCUCCUGAAACAGCAAAAAAGUUGCUAUGGAUCAGAAACAAUAAACCAUUAUCAAGCUACUGAUCACGAUUUUUAACCGACUUCAAAAAGCAGGAGGUUCUCAAUUCGGUCGGUAUUUUUCUGAAUUCAAGCAGAAAUUUCAUAAACCAUGAAUUUACAGUAUAAACUCGAUUACCCGGACCUCAAUGCUAUUAUGAAUUCUGUAACGCUGUGAUCUAGAAACUUUUUAUUCAACUUUCAAAAUGUUAUAAAUAUAAAAUCAAAUAUAAUUUUAAACAAAAUUAUGACUUUGUUGGAUAUCAAAAUCGAUUUUCUUCAUAUAUUCAAUUAUCUGGAUUAUCCUUAUGACAACAAUUAGGCGGUUAUUCAAGUUUAUUGUAUUAAAAAAAAUCUCUGCAAUAACCCAAAAUAAUGAACUGGGUGAAAUUUAAAAAUAAUGCAGAUAGAACAUUGGCUUGGUGGUUUUAAUGAAACUUCUGUUCCAUAGCAAUACUUGCAGCUGAAACUACUCGUCGGGUGCUUUUUAAACAAUGUUAUUCAUGUGAAGGCUUUUAUUUUUCUAUAAACGCCUAUAAAGUAAGAAUGUGAUAUAAAAAUAAAAGAUCGAAUAAAAA